AUGCAGUCUACACGGUUCAUCGCGGCGAACAUGUUGCGCCAGACUCGCGCCACCCCAUUGCUUCGAACGCAGCAGCAAUUAGUCCGUGGCUUCAGGACAACUCCGAAGCGAAUGGCAGCUCCGAAGGAGGAACAGUCCGCGCACACAAUCUCACAGCGACUUCGCACACUGAAGAAGAUUCCAGUCGAGCUGAUCCCUAUCGGCGUUGUCCUGGCUGCUGCCCUCCUCGCCGCAGCUUACAGCUUGGGAAGAAAACUUGUUGUUGACAAGACUCUACGUCUGAGCAGAACGGGCAAGCAGCAAUCGAGCGACUAG